CAAAGGCGCUUUAGGCGCCCAGCUGCACGGCAGCCCAGCUACGCAUCCGCUGCACAUUUGAAGCCUUUGCAGUCGUUGAUCAACCUCUCCCUACUGCCUCUUGCUUCGCUCUGACUCUAUCGUCUCUUUGCACAUCCUUCGAGCUGCAUCCUAGUGCGCGCCUGUCAUGGCUCGCAUACCCAACCUCUCCGCGUCCACAGACAGCUACGUCCGGACCAUCACUCACUUGAAGGACCAGCCUCGCGGCGAUGAGGCGCUCGAUAUGCUGAAGCGCGUUGCGUCGCUUGCGAAACCCAUCAUGCGCAAGAGAAGCUGGCAUCUGCCGACGCUGGGCGAGUUCCUGCCCGACGAUCCUAAUUUACUAGGCAUCAACGUCAACCGCGGCCACCAGAUCUUCCUCCGCCUCCGCCCCGCCGCCAACCCGUCCACCUUCUACGACCUCGAGUUCGUGAUGGGAACCAUGCUCCACGAGCUCACGCAUAACCACCGCGGGCCGCACGACGAGGUAUUCUACAAGUACCUGGAUGGGCUGGAGGACGAGUACGCGGCGCUGAAGCGCUCGGGGUAUGCGGGGGAGGGGUUCUAUUCGAGGGGGAGGGUGUUGGGUGGGGUGCCGGGGAGGAAGUUGGGUGGGCCAGGAGUGGGGAUGGGGAGGGGUGUGAGGUUAGGUGGAGUGGGCGCGGGAGGAAGCAGAGCGGGGGGAGGAGCAGGUGCGGGUACGAGGCUGGGUGGGAGAGCGGGUGGGCCAGGGUACGCGACUGGGAGCGAAGGAAGAACAGUCGGCAGCGGUGCAGGGGGCACGGGACGCGUACUUGGUGGCCCCGCAGGCGCAAGCGCUUCGGACAAGCGGCGCGCAGCGGAGGCGGCGGAGAAGCGACGGCAAGGCGCCCGUGUUCUGGGUGGGCAGACGCGGGCACCUUUGUCACCAAGGGAAGCGGCAGCGCAGGCCGCCAUCCGCCGGGUCCGUGACUCCCACUCCUGCGCAUCCGCCGCGCAGGGUCAGGCGCAACAAGAGGCGCAGAAAGCCACGCAGGCGAGCGAAGUCAUCGACUUGACGCUCGAAGACGAUAAGUUCGACUACAACGACUUCGUCUUCGACGACGACGAUAUCAUGAUCGUCAACGAUGGCAAUCCUAUGAUCGUUGGUGGCAGUACCGAGGUCAGCGAGAACGAGGCAGGACCCAGCAAUACGACAGCUCAGCGGUCUUCUGUUGACGUUGGCAAAAUCAACUACGACGACUUCAUUUUCGACGAGGACGACAUCAUGAUCGUUGAGGAUGAGGCCGGACCGAGUAAUAGGCCAGCUCCAAAGCCUGCGGUCGAUGAGGAUGACGACGACAUCGAGAUCGUCUUCGACGGGACGGUGAAGCAGAAGUUUGCCACAAAUGUAGCGCGACCUGGUCAUCCAAGACAAAAAGUUCCUGCAUCGCCAAACAACCCUUUUGGUCGACCAAACGAGAAGAACAGUCCUCCCCGCCAGUGGACCUGCGCCAUAUGCACCCUCGUCAACGAUGAGAAUGCCUCACAGUGCGACGCGUGUGCUGCCCUCCGACCCGCACCACCGAAAGCGGACCACUGGACGUGCUUGCGGUGCGGGGAGACGCCGAUACCGAAUGACUUCUGGUCUUGUAGGUUCUGUGGGUUCGUGAAGACGAAGAGCUGACAGUGCGUUCGGUGUGCGUGUAUGGCAUAUCAUCUUCACCCUGGCGCGUCGCCGUAUGGGCUACAUGUUCUGUAGUAGUCGUUCUUUGACCACACUACUAUGCUACACUGUUCAUUCCUAUGCUACAAUUCUUCUCGUCUCGGCUUUGUACAUGCUAUCGCGCUACCCUGCUUUAUAACUUAUGCGAAGGAUUUUGACCGUUGAAGA